AUGUCUGGACAUGGCAAGAAACCUGCAGCGUUUAAGAAGAGCAUGUCCACAAAAGCUGGCUUGCAAUUCCCAGUGGCCCGUAUCAGGCGGUACCUCAGGAAGGGUCACUAUGCUAACAGAGUAAAUCCUGGAGCCGCGGUGUACCUGGCAGCUGUGUUGGAAUACCUGACUGCAGAGAUCCUGGAAAUGGCAGGAAAUGCUGCUCAUGAAAACAGGAGGCAGCGAAUUGGACCACGGCACAUCCAGCUGGCAGUGAGGAAUGAUGAAGAACUGAACAAGUUGUUUGCGGAUGUGACGAUUGCUGAGGGAGGGGUUUUGCCCAAAAUCCAAGCUCGGCUCCUUCCCAAGAAGACAGCAUCACCUAAAGAAGCUGUAGAAGAUGUUACAUCACAAGAAUUCUAA